AAUUCAAAAGUAUUUUUAAUUUUUAUUAGUURUAUUCACUGUGAAUGACCCGAUUARAGUUCGUCAUCACCGAAGUCACCGGCAUCUUCGUCUGCGCCUCCACCAGAUCCGGCGUAAACAUUUCGCAUGAUAGGGUUGGCCACUUGCUCAACUUCCUUCAUCUUCUCGUCGUAAUCUUCCUUGUCGGCUUCAGGGUUUUCGUCCAUCCAGUCAAGGGUCUCGUCAAGCAUGUCUUGCAAUUCCUUCUUGUCCUCGGCAGAGAUGUUGUCAGCAACACCCUUUUCGUCAUCUUCAAGAGUGUUCUUGAGGUUGUAGAGGUAAGAUUCCAAUCCAUUUCGGGCAUCGAUACGUUCCUUGAUCUUCUUGUCUUCCUCAGCGUAAUCCUCGGCUUCCUUGACCAUGCGUUCGAUUUCUUCGUCAGAGAGACGUCCCUUUUCGGCAGUGAUAGUAAUCUUUUCGGCCUUUCCGGUUCCCUUAUCUUCGGCAGAAACUUGCAAGAUACCGUUGGCAUCGACUUCAAAAGUAACUUCGAUUUGGGGGACUCCACGAGGGGCAGGAGGGAUUCCAGUCAAUUCGAACUUUCCGAGGUUGUGGCAAUCCUUGGUCAUGGAUCGCUCUCCUUCGUAGACCUGGAUCAUWACAACACUCUGGUUAUCUUGGUGGGUGGAGAAAGUUUCUGUGAAAAUGAUAAAAAAUUACAUGUGAGGAAAGAAGAAAAUCAUCUUCGAUAGAAUGCUGGGAAGAUUCCAUUCAAUUUGAAAAUACUUACGGGACUUCUUGGUGGGGAUUGUUGUACCACGGUUGAUAAGCUUGGUCAUGACUCCUCCGACGGUUUCAAUACCUUGGGAAAGGGGGGUAACAUCCAAAAGAAGAAUUUCACUGGUAGCAUCGCCACCCUCUCCAGACAAGAUACCUCCCUGAACGGCGGCACCGUAAGCGACAGCUUCAUCGGGGUUGAUUCCCUUCGAAGGAUCUUUUCCUCCGAAGUAUUCGGAAAUAAGUUGUUGGACCUUAGGGAUACGAGUGGAUCCACCGACCAACACGAUUUCGUCGAUUUCACUCUUGCUCAAAUCAGCAUCUUCCAUGACACGGGAGACAGGUCCCAUGGUCUUCUUGAACAAGUCGUUGUUCAAUUCCUCGAAUCGAGCACGGGUCAAGGUCUCACUGAGAUCGUAACCAUCGGCGAGCUCUUCGAUUUCCAAACGGGCUUGUUGCUGCGAGGAAAGAGCACGCUUGACACGUUCGACUUCCUUUCGGAGCUUUUGGAGGGCACGCUUGUCGCCAGAGAUAUCGAUGUCGGACUUCUUCUUCAUCAUCUUGAUGAAGUAUUGCAUGACACGUUGAUCGAAAUCUUCUCCUCCCAAGUGGGUAUCACCGUUGGUGGCCAARACUUCGAAAACACCGGAGUCGAUGGUCAACAAAGUGACAUCGAAUGUACCUCCUCCAAGAUCAAAAACAAGAACAUUGGAUUCUCCUCCGGUCUUGUCCAUACCGUAGGCAAUGGCAGCAGCAGUAGGCUCGUUGAUGAUACGCUCGACCUUCAUUCCAGAGAUGGUUCCGGCAUCCUUGGUGGCUUGACGCUGGGCAUCGUUGAAGUAAGCAGGAACAGUAACAACAGCGUUCUUGAUAUCCUUACCCAAGAAAGUUUCUGCGGUAGACUUCAUCUUCUGAAGGAUCAUGGCAGAAACUUCUUCAGGGGCGUACUUGGAUUUCUUUCCGCCAACAGUGACCUGGAUCAUGGGUUUGUCCUUGUCGGAGACGAUUUCGUAAGGAACAAGUUUCUUGUCGGCUUGGACGGAUUUGUCAGAAAAUUUGCGUCCRAUCAAUCGCUUCACAUCGAAGACAGUGUUUUCGGGGUUGAUGGUGGCUUGAUUCUUGGCRGCAUCUCCUACAAGACGCUCGGUGUUAUCCAAAAAGGCAACGUACGAAGGAGUGAUACGGUUACCCUGGUCGUUGGCAAUAAUUUCAACACGUCCAUUCUUGAAGACACCAACACAAGAGUAAGUGGUUCCGAGAUCGAUACCAAUAACGGUUCCCAUUUGUUCCUCCUCUUCGGCACGGGCAGUGUAUGGCGAGGCCAAAAGGGCCACUGUCGUAUUUAAUUUCGGAUGCAAUUAAAGCAUUUCAUCAUGC